AUGAGUGCUGCUUCAAUGGCGAUGCAGGAUAGAGUCCUUUUGCUCCCCUCGGUUGCUGACAGAGCAGCUUUUCUGUGGAACAAGAAGGCUGUUGCAUCGACGGACUUUGAAAUCAUCUUCACCAUUUCUGGUCGAUUACCAGACAGCACUCAGCAGGAUGGCAUUUUUGCUUUCUGGCUGAGCUUGGACGACUGCGCAAGUCAAUAUGAUGAGAAGGCUGACUUUUCGGGCAAAGGAACUGAUUUCGGGCAAGUUGUGCAAGCCGGACUGAAAGAAGCCGGUUAUUCAUUAUUGGCGAACAAGCCAAACUUUAAGGGAUUUGCCCUUAUCUUCUUGCCCUUUGACGCUCAGAAGAAGCUCAGGCAGACCAUAGCUUCCAUCUACACGGAUGGCGUGAAGCCUUUGCCUUCAGCAUUGGAAAAAGUUUUGGAGGACUCCCGUGCAUCGGUUGUGACCAGCAACUGGCUUCCCACAGGCCCGAAGGCUUCAAUGUCCUCCACACAGGUAAGGGUCAGUCCCGAUGGAAGCAUUGUCGUUAGCAAGAGAGACUUGGGUGUGGCGCAUAUCCCUGGCUCACUUUGGUCCUGGGCGCCUGAUGGAAACGAGGUGAAAGGAACCUUUGUCCUUCAACCUGACGGUACGCUUAGCUGGAAGGAACACUUGAAAUCUGGAAACUGGAAUCUGUUGCCAGGUGGAAAGCUGAACAUCACGCUUUUCGAGGCAAAUUUUAUCCUACGUCUAGAAGGCUCCCGAGCAGUCCAAGAACUGCCAGACUUCCCAACCCGGGCGAAGGGCUUAGCGUGA